AUGACUGAUAACCUUUCAGAAUUUAGAUACAUUUUCAGUUUGAUAUCUAAAGUGGGUUUGAUUGAUAUGGAGCUGAAUUCGCAGAACAGGCCGUUCUCAAUCAAAUUAUGGCCUCCUAGUCAGAACACUAGACAGACGCUUGUGGAGAAGAUGACCAACAAUCUUACUACGAAAUCCAUUUUCACUCAAAAGUAUGAAACCUUGCACCCGAAACAGGCUGAAGAAAAUGCUAAAAGAAUUGAGGACAAGGCUUUUGCCACGGCAAACCUACAUUACGAGAAAGAGCCAGAUGGUGAUGGAGGUUCUGCAGUCCAGCUUUAUGCCAAAGAAUGCAGUAAGCUCCUCCUAGAACUUCUUAAAAUGGGUCCUAGUAAGAACAGUGUCAAAGAAGCGGUGAUUUCUGAUGCUGCUGCUGUCCCUCGUGAAUCUGUUUUUGAUAUAUCUAAAGGCCAAAGGGCUUUCAUUGAAGCAGAGGAGGCUCAAGAACUUUUGAGUCCACUGAAGGAGCCGGGUAAUUCUUUCACUAAAAUAUGCUUCAGCAACAGAAGUUUUGGAUUAGGAGCAGCAGAAGUCGCUAAGCCGAUUUUCAUAUCCCUCAAGGACCAGUUGAAAGAAGUAGACCUGUCAGAUUUUAUUGCUGGAAGACCAGAAGCAGAAGCACUUGAUGUCAUGAGGAUAUUCUCGGCUACUCUAGAAGGCAGUGUCUUGAAGUAUUUAAACCUUUCUGACAAUGCUUUAGGUGAGAAAGGUGUUAGAGCAUUUGGAACUCUCUUGAAAUCACAAAGCUGUUUGGAGGAGCUUUAUCUUAUGAAUGAUGGAAUUUCAGAAGAAGCUGCUCAAGCAGUUUCUGAGUUGAUUCCUUCCACAGAGAAGCUCAAAGUUCUCCAUUUUCAUAAUAAUAUGACUGGAGAUGAAGGAGCACGUGCUAUAGCUGAGGUUGUGAAGCGUUCUUCUUGCUUGGAGGAUUUUCGUUGUUCCUCCACAAGGAUAGGCGAUGAAGGUGGAGUUGCCUUAUCUGAUGCUUUGGGGGAUUGCACCCAUUUGAGGAAGCUUGAUUUGCGAGACAACAUGUUAGGUGUAGAGGGUGGGGUUUCCCUGAGUAAAGCUCUUGCCAAGAAUGCAGAGUUAAGAGAGAUAUACCUGAGCUUCCUGAACUUGGAAGACGAAGGAGCAAUUGCUAUAGCUAAUGCUCUUAAGGCAUCAGCUCCUCGCCUUGAAGUUCUCGAGAUGAGUGGAAACAAUAUUACAGUUGAUGCUGCUCCUGCUAUAGCAAACUGCCUUGCAGCCAAGCAGUUUCUUGCCAAGUUGAACCUCUCUGAGAAUGAACUCAAAGAUGAAGGUGCCAUCCAGAUAAGUAAGGCUUUAGAAGGCCUUUCACAAUUAAAGGAAAUCGAUCUAAGUUGCAACAGAAUAACCAGAGACGGGGCUCAACAAUUGGCUCUCACUGUGUUGCAGAAGGUUGAUUUUGAACGUCUGGACAUUGACGGAAACUUCAUUUCUGAUGAAGGUAUUAAAGAGUUAAUGGUUAUAUUUGAAAAAUCUCCGGACAAGCUUGGUCCAUUAGAUGAAAAUGACCCUGAUGGAAAAGACGGUGAUGAAGAAUCUGACGAAGAGGGUGGUGUGGAGGAUGCACUGGAAUCCAAAAUGAAGAACCUUGUAGUUGAUUGAAUUGUAACUGUUAGUAGCUUACUGGUUCUACUGCAGAAGUAACUCUUAUGACAUUAGUAUCAGUUUAUUCAUUCACAGAAUCAUAUGUAACCGUCAAGAUGCAUCAUUUCACCAAAAUAUUGAAUCAUUAUGCGUAUCUUGGUGAUACUUUAAUUUUGGUGGUCUAACCAUUGUGGGUAUCUCUGGACUAGAUAUCGUAAUCUUGUCGUCAUUAGUGUAUUAACACCUGGUUAUCAUCAGAUUCAGUGUUAUGUUGGUCAAUUUACA